CUCCAAAACCUGCCAUGUGCCGCAUUCCCCUCCCUGCCCUCACCACGUUUAGAGGCGCCUCAAAACCUGCCAUGUGCCGCAUUCCCCUCGCUGCCCUCACCACAGGCGCCUCAAAACCUGCCAUGUGCCGCAUUCCCCUCGCUGCCCUCACCACGUUUAGAGGCGCCUCAAAACCUGCCAUGUGCCGCAUUCCCCUCCCUGCCCUCACCACGUUUAGAGGCGCCUCAAAACCUGCCAUGUGCCGCAUUCCCCUCGCUGCCCUCACCACGUUUAGAGGCGCCUCAAAACCUGCCAUGUGCCGCAUUCCCCUCCCUGCCCUCACCACGUUUAGAGGCGCCUCAAAACCUGCCAUGUGCCGCAUUCCCCUCGCUGCCCUCACCACAGGCGCCUCAAAACCUGCCAUGUGCCGCAUUCCCCUCGCUGCCCUCACCACGUUUAGAGGCGCCUCAAAACCUGCCAUGUGCCGCAUUCCCCUCCCUGCCCUCACCACGUUUAGAGGCGCCUCAAAACCUGCCAUGUGCCGCAUUCCCCUCGCUGCCCUCACCACAGGCGCCUCAAAACCUGCCAUGUGCCGCAUUCCCCUCGCUGCCCUCACCACGUUUAGAGGCGCCUCAAAACCUGCCAUGUGCCGCAUUCCCCUCACUGCCCUCACCACGUUUAGAGGCGCCUCAAAACCUGCCAUGUGCCGCAUUCCCCUCACUGCCCUCACCACGUUUAGAGGCGCCUCAAAACCUGCCAUGUGCCGCAUUCCCCUCGCUGCCCUCACCACGUUUAGAGGCGCCUCAAAACCUGCCAUGUGCCGCAUUCCCCUCACUGCCCUCACCACGUUUAGAGGCGCCUCAAAACCUGCCAUGUGCCGCAUUCCCCUCGCUGCCCUCACCACGUUUAGAGGCGCCUCAAAACCUGCCAUGUGCCGCAUUCCCCUCGCUGCCCUCACCACGUUUAGAGGCGCCUCAAAACCUGCCAUGUGCCGCAUUCCCCUCACUGCCCUCACCACGUUUAGAGGCGCCUCAAAACCUGCCAUGUGCCGCAUUCCCCUCACUGCCCUCACCACGUUUAGAGGCGCCUCAAAACCUGCCAUGUGCCGCAUUCCCCUCGCUGCCCUCACCACGUUUAGAGGCGCCUCAAAACCUGCCAUUCACCUGAGUCGCAACCAGCUCACAUGGCUCCCAGGAGAACUGGGACGACUUCCCAAGCUCAUCCACCUCCUCAUGGACAACAACCGGCUGAACCAGACCUUUCCAGCAGGGCUCAGUGGCUCCAGGAGCCUCGAGAUCAUCCAUCUGAGCAACAACACCAUUCAGGGCCGCCUACCACCGACUCUCGACCUCCCGCAACUGCAAGACCUGUCCAUGAACAACUGCUCCAUGCCGCCUCAGCCACUCCCCUCCCUUGCGGGCCUCCCAGCCCUCUGCUACCUCGAUUUGAGCCGCAACAACUUCCGCGGCUCAGUGCCGCUUUCUCUCUUCAGCAGCCACCCAGAGCUCGUGACCCUCAAUCUCGCCAGGAACCAUCUCAGCAGCUACCUCCCUCCCGUGGUGGCCUCAGCCAACCUCACCCGGCUCCACUCCAUUAUCCUCUCCGACAACAACCUGACGGGCCGUGUGCCUCUCUUGGACACCCUCCCUGCCAUCGCCACCAUCUCCCUCUUCGACAACCACUUCACAUGGGCGUCUGCUGCCCUGCUCAGCAAUGAGAACGUCACCCUGCAGCUCUACGGCAAUGAUCUCUGUGUGCCGUACCGCCCCGAGGUCACUGCUGCCUGCUCCCCUCCGCGUGACAUCAUGCAGUACCAGCCGCCCCCCAUCUGCGACCACCUCUCCUGCCCCUCCCUGUACUCGCCCAGCCCUCCUCUCCUCGCCCUGUCCAACGUCUGCACCUGUGUGUCGCCGCUGGAGGUUGAGCUCAAGCUCACCGCACCACAGUAUGCAGUGUUCAAUGACGAGCUGGCGGACCUGCUUAUAAAGAGGAUAGCGGAGAGUCUGGGCAAGAACGGGAUCGGCAUCUCGACUGGGCAGAUCGCCAUAGUGUCAGCGGACGGCUCCAUCCUCUCCCCUUCCAGCAUCACCACCACCAUCCGUUUCUUCCCCCCUCCCUCCUCUUCCUCUCUCUCCUCCUCCUUCGCUUCCUCCUCCCCCCCCGCUGCCUUCCCCCCGUCUUCUUCCUCCUCCUCCUCUUACUCCCCCCCCCCUCUUCCCUUACUCCUCCCCCACUUCCUCCUCCUCCUCGUCCUCCCCCCCCUCCUCUCCGCCUCCACCCUCUUCCCCUUCCUCUUCCUACGGCACUUACUCCUUCACCCCUGGUGCCACCAUCAGCACCACUGCCAGCACCACCGCAAGGGUCAGCAGCGACACCAGCACCACUGCCAGCAGCAGUGGCAGCAGCAGCAGCAGCAGCAGCGCUACCACCAGCAGCAGUGGCAGCGGCAGCAGUGCAUGGCAGCCAGCGGAUCAGCCACAGGAGAUAAGAGAGGCGUUUGUGUGGCACAAGUGGUGGCACUUGCGCUAAUUGUGCUGCUGCUGGUGUGGUUGCUCCUGCAGAGGAACAAGAUGAAAGACCUGUGGACCCCGGAGGACUACAAGGCGAUCGAGGGCCUGCAGAGGCUGGGAGUGCAUCGGUGCAAGCUCAAGGAGAUAGAGGACGCCACCCAGGGGUUCAAGACGCUGCUGGGGGAGGGCGGAUACGGACAGGUGUACAGGGGAGUGCUGGCUUCGGGGGACGUGGUGGCAGUGAAACGAGCCAAGGGGCAUGUGAAGCUGUGCGGCACGGAGUUCCGCAACGAGAUCACGCUGCUCUCAGCGGUGCGCCACCGCAACCUGGUGCAGCUGAAAGGCUUCUGUGUGGAGGAGGGCGAGCAGCUGCUGGUGUACGAGUUCAUUGAGAAGGGCACCCUGGAAGACAUGCUGCGACCCGACUCAAAGCACCCGCUGACGUGGCGUCAGCGGGUUAACAUCGCCUGUGGGGCAGCCAAUGGCUUCGCCUACCUGCACCACCAGAUCAAGCCACCCAUCAUCCACCGCGAUGUGAAGACGGCCAACAUCCUGAUCACAGCAGACCUGGAAGCCAAGGUGGCUGACUUCGGCAUCUCCAAGGCCGUGCCUGAAGAGGCAGAGGGGAAGCUGGAGACACAAGUCAAGGGCACAGUGGGCUAUCUCGAUCCUCAGUACUUCCUGUGCGAUCUCUUAACCGAGAAGAGUGAUGUCUUCAGCUUCGGCAUCGUCCUCCUAGAGCUGGCCACGGGCCUUCGCCCCGUAACGGGCGGCGAGCACAUCAGGAGAAUCGUGGUUGAUAGGAUUACCAACCAUGGCGGCGUGUUCAGUGUCAUGGACCCAAGACUUAAAACCAUUGAGGCGUUGCAGGAGACGUUUGAGUGGUUUCUGCGGCUUGGGAUGCGGUGCAGUCUCAAGCAGGCGCAGAACCGACCCGACAUGCAGCAAGUGCUAAAGGAACUCGAAGCCAUCAGCGCCGGCUGGACCACCGCUCCUCUGAUUUGCGCAGCGGCAGCGGCGGCGGUGCUGGUGGUGUCGCGGGCGAGUGACAAGUUUUGGGCGGAGAUUGCUGCCACGGCGUCCAAGGGAGGCCCGAGCGGGUAUGCGGAGCGAGGGGAUGGAGAGGAGGAGGAUGAGGAGGAUGAACAUUCGGAUGGGGCAGGGGAUGGAGAGAACAACACAGGAAGCAGCAGUGGGAGUGUGUGGAGGGGGACGACUGCGGGCACUCCCCCGAGUGCUGGUGAUGGGGUGACUGUGACUUUCAGCGGCACUGCCGUGCGGUCUGAAGUGAUUCCCAGGUGAAAGAGGGGGGAGGAGGAGAGGCAGGGGUGGGGGACAACACGGGCAGCAGCAGUGGGACUCCAACAAGUGCUGGCGAUGGCGAUGGGGUGACUGUGACCUUCAGUGGGACUGGCGUGCAGUCUGAAGUGAUCCCCAGGUGAAAGAGGAGGGAGGUCGGAGGGGCAGGGAUUGGGGGACAACACAAGCAGCAGCAGAGGCAGUCUGUGGCGGCGGGGGAUGAUGGGGGGUACUCACACGCGCCAGUGAUGGGGUGACUGUGACUUUCAGCGGCACUGCCGUGCCGUCUGAAGUGAUUCCCAGGUGAAACGGGGGAAGGGUAGGAGGGGCAGGGCACUGCCGUGCAGUCUGAGGUGAUUCCCAGGUGAAAGAGCGGGGAGGAAGGGGGGAUAGGGGCUGGGAAAGAGACAGGGAAUGGGUGGGCAUGGGAUGGUGUCGGCACGAGCACCAGAAGUGAGCGUGUGUGGAGGGGGACAACAGGGGGAACUCCCACGAGCGCUGGCGAUGGGGUGACUGUGAAUUUCUGUGGGACUGGCGUGCAGUCUGAAGUGAUUCCCAUAUGGGGGGAGGAGAUGGGGAGCGGACGGGGGGAGGUGGAAGCUCGAGGGGAAGUUCAGUGCUCUUUGAUGCGGUCCCAUUCUCGGGUUAUUUCUAGAUGAACGGGGAAUGGAGGGGAGGGCAGACAGGAAGGGAAGGAAAAUGAAGGGGAGGUGAGGGGGCGGAGAGAUGGGGGAAUGUGGAGAGGGAGGGAGCUCGGCUUAGAAAUUGUUGGGCUGAGAAAAAGCCCUUAGGAUCUUUUCAGACACUAAGUCCCAGCUGUGAA